UUUCUAUUUAGCCCACCUGGUGCAGAACUCCUUGUUAUUCAUUCCUCCCACCCCUCCCCGCUCCCAAAACUCUUGCUGAGGGGCUCGGCGCUUUCCUCGCGCGGUUCGUUUCCCGUUCCAGCGCUUCUCCCCGGGCUCCUGCCGCCCGUGCCCCGCUCCGGCAGCCGGGCUCUCCCGGCGGGCCCGUCCCGCCAUCCCCGCGGGCAGGGAGGGUCCCCGGGCGGCGGGGCGGAAGGGGGGGCCGGCGCUGAGCUGAGGGAGGGGCCGGGACGCCGGCGCGUCGGUGCCGACGGUCUCCACGAGGGAGUGAGGAGGAGGAGGAGGAAGAGGAGGAGGAGGAGGUGAGCUCCUCUGGCCUGGUGUGCAGCUGGUGGGAAGAGAGAAGCUGGAGGCCUUCCCCUGUUCCAUCUGUGCCUUUGAAAGGACCUCACUGAGGGCAGUGCAUGGCAGGCAAAGCAGCUCUGUUUAGAUUGAAGAAUGCUACUACACUCAGGAAAAUCACACUUUGAAAUCUGUCCAUUGGACUGAAGCAGAUAGGAUGGGUUGGAAGAAAUACUGCUCAACACUGAGAUCCACAGCCAAGAUUCCCAGACUGCUUUGGUGAAGAGCUCUGAAGCAGCACCACCUGGUAUUUUACUGCUGCCAGUUAUGAAUGCAGGUUUCAGGCAGUUCUGAAGUACUUGGAAAAUGAGUGUCCUUCUCAUUGAACCCUUUUAUGGUGGCUCCCACAAACAGCUGAUGGAUCUUCUCCAGGAAGAGCUACAAGAAGAUUGUGUCCUCUGCACACUCCCAGCCAAGAAGUGGCAUUGGAAGGCACGGACUUCUGCUCUUUAUUUCAUGCAAACAGUGCCAACAAGUUCUAAUUACAGGAUCCUCUUUGCAAGCUCGGUGCUUAACCUGGCUGAACUCGCCGCCCUCCGCCCUGACCUUGGCAAAUUGAAAAAGGUCCUCUACUUCCAUGAGAACCAAUUGGCAUAUCCUGUCCAGAAAUGCCAGGAAAGGGAUUUUCAGUAUGGAUACAACCAAAUUCUUUCAUGUUUGGUUGCUGAUGUUGUGGUGUUCAACUCUGCUUUUAAUAUGGAAUCCUUUCUUAAAUCCAUUGGAAAAUUUAUGAAGCUGAUUCCUGACCACAGACCUAAGGAUUUGGAAAAAAUAAUCAGACCAAAGUGCCAAGUUCUUUAUUUUCCAGUCAGGUUUCCUGAUGUGAGCAGAUUCAUGCCAGAGCAUAAACUUGCCCGUUUGGACAAGGUAAUUGGUGUUAAAAGGAAUGGAGAUGCUUAUCAGUCGGAGGGGCUGCCUGGGCAGCAGGAGAGCAGAGCUGUAAUGAAAACCAGUGAUGCACAUCCUGAGUCUGGACUUUGUGAGCCCCAGCCUGGGCUCUGCACCACACAGCACGAGGGGCUGCCCUCCCCAGCAGCAGCCCCAGUCCAGGCUGAAGCACCAGAAAGUACAAAUCCUUGUCAAGGGGAAGAUAAGCAAUGUCUGACUUUUAACCUCUCUAAUAUCUUGAGUGGACUGGACUAUCAGCAAAGACCUCUGCACAUUGCCUGGCCUCACAGGUGGGAACAUGACAAAGAUCCUGAAACUUUCUUUAAAGUCCUGAUGAAGCUGAAAGAGCAAGAUCUGACUUUCCAUGUGUCCGUGCUCGGAGAGACUUUUAGUGAAAUUCCAGAUAUCUUUUCAGAGGCCAGGGAGGUGUUGGGAUCGUCCGUCUUGCACUGGGGGUUCUUGCCCAGCAAGGAUGACUAUUUCCGAGCUCUGUGCACAGCUGAUGUUGUCAUCUCCACAGCCAAACACGAAUUCUUUGGCGUGGCAAUGAUCGAGGCUGUGCAUUGUGGCUGUUACCCGCUGUGUCCCAAAGCCUUGGUGUACCCAGAGAUAUUCCCAGCUGAAUAUCUGUAUUCUACACCUGAACAGCUUUUUAAAAGGCUUCAGAAUUUCUGCAAGAGACCAGAUAUUGUAAGGAGACAUCUCUAUAAGGGCGAGACGGCCGGGUUUUCUUGGGCAGCGCUCGGCAGUAAAUUCAGGUCUCUGCUCGCAGCAGAACCGAGGGAAGAUUUGUGACAGAUGGGGCUAAGUCACAAACUUGCAGCCUCAGGCAGAAUUGUGGAAGUUUCCAGAGUGUGCCCAUAUUUACCUGAUCAGAGAGAAAAGAAAAUCUGCAGAGGAAGCCGAGCCUGGCUGCUUGUCAUAGCUGACACAGAGCCAUCUGCCACAAACCUGUGGCGGCUUCAGAUCUCCAAUCCCUGCCACCACCCCAGCUCAAAUUAAAUACAGAUUCUUAGAGACGUUAUGAUGGUUACACAUGUCCUCGGCAUCACAUGCAGGAGACUGUUCAAAAAAAAUAUGUGGCCUGUUGUGUAACCGCACUCAUGUAUCCCAUAUGUGGUGCCACAUUGAAUUUCCGGUUGAAUCUGUUUUUAUCCUUUGUACUGGAUGACAUGGUGCCUGAAUUCUUUCUUUUCGCCGACACGAUGGCAGCCAAGCUGCAGCUUCAAACGCUCACACUUGGCUGAGUUUCUACCUAGGUUGCCAGGUUAUCAUUGGAGCCUUAUUGUGUCCUCAAAGGGCCACAGGGCCUGAAAGGAGGAUCCGAAUGCUGCCGGACUAAUUGGGCAGCCAUCUCCGGGUUGUUGGGAGGCAAAGGGCUGCUUGAGCACUUCUCUCUCUUUUUUUCUCUUCUUUUUUUUUUUUUAUUGCAAAUUAAUGACUCUCUGGCAAAGGGGUUUUUAAGUGAAGGUAUUAAUAAGGGGUCUGGCAGGUAAUCCCAUGAUUCGUGGAGUUACAUUUGCAUUUAAUUAAUCUUAAAGAAAGCUGAAAGAUAAACAGCUGUAAUUCAAACUAGCAUGGGAAAUAUGCUACGUGGUGCCAUCUAUCCGAUAAAAUGAAAGCCGAGACACUUGUUUUAUUUCUCUCAAGGAUGGAGAACAAACAGAUAACAAUCAAAAUACUUCCAAUAAAAACCAGUAGUUUAAAUGUAAUGGCGGUUCAUCAAGAAUCUUUGCAUCCAGUUGCAAAUACAGUCUUUUAAAGAUAAAUCACUUAUGAUUCCAGCAGUCAAGUCGCAAUAUUUGUUGAUGUAAAAUGUUUUGAAGAUGUAGAUUGUACAAUAAAUUUUUAAUAAAGUGCCCACUGCAAUUUUUAAUUAGCAUAUCUCAUUCAUGUAUAAGUGUGUACAUCUAUCUGUAUGUUUAUCACCGUGCAUAUCCUUGUGUCAGAGUCAAUGAAUGCAAUUGUGUCUUUAUCUGAUGAAGUAGAAUUUGGUUUGCAAGCGAUAA